AUGAAACGAAAGGCAGAAAGCCCCAAUGGCCAAGAAGCCAGCACCAAAAAAUCGAAACCUUCUCUCUCAUCCGAGGAGGCGCAAAAAAGAUUCCGAAGCGGCCUAUUCGACAAGUCAGCCUUGGACUCUUACACCGAGGAAUAUGCCACCUCGGCACCAUACAAGCACGCCGUGAUCCAUGAGCUGGUCGACGACAAGCUCCUGCGGUCUGUUCGAGACGAAGUCCGCAACAACGUGCAGUUCACGCCCAAGGAAACAGAUAUUUACAAGAUUCACCAAUCUGGAGAUUUGGCCAACUUGGACGGCCUUGACGACGAGUCCCUGUCCAAGCUGCCGUCCUUGCUCGCCCUACGAGAUGCGAUUUACUCAGAGACGUUUAGAGAUUAUGUUUCGGGCAUUACUGGCUGUGGUCCGCUGAGCGGGAGGAAGACUGACAUGGCUAUCAAUGUCUACACCCCCGGCUGUUUCCUGCUCUGCCAUGACGAUGUAAUUGGUAGCCGCAGAGUCAGCUAUAUCCUGUACUUGACAGAUCCCGAUAAGCCGUGGAAGCCGGAAUGGGGUGGUGCUCUGCGCUUGUUCCCGGUCCAGGAGAUUGAGAGCAAAGACGGGGAGGUGGCCAAGACACCGCUGCCGGACUGUGUCAAGGUGAUUCCCCCGGCGUGGAACCAGCUUAGUUUCUUCGCCGUCCAGCCCGGCGAGAGUUUCCACGAUGUCGAGGAGGUGUACCACGCCCAGACCAAGGAGCAGCUGGACGAGGACAAUGGACGAGUGCGCAUGGCCAUCAGCGGCUGGUUCCAUAUCCCCCAGGUCGGAGAGGACGGGUACAUCGAAGGCGAGGAGGAAAAGAACGCCAAGAACAGCAGUCUGAUGCAGCUGCAGGGCAAUCCGGCGCAGUACGACGCACCCCAGGCCAAACCCGUCAAGGUCGAGAACCUCAACUCUAGCGGGGAUGAGUUUGAAGAGGCAGAUUUGGAAUUCCUCCUCAAGUACAUCGCGCCCACGUACCUGACGCCUGAUACGCUGGACCAAAUUUCGGAACACUUCAGCGAGAACUCAAGCAUCACACUCUCAGACAUCUUGUCCCGGAAGUUUGCCCAGCGACUAAAGGACUACAUUGAAGAGCAGGAGAAGCAAUCCCUCCCACAAGACAGCGAGACUAUUGAAAAGUCCACCCCCUGGCAGGUGUCCAAACCCCCUCACAAGCACCGCUACCUGUACCAACGGCCCAGCCAGCCAGACCAGCUGCGCACAUCCCAGGAAGAAUCCCCCAUCACCGAACUCCUCGACAUCCUCCUCCCCAGCAGACAAUUCAGGCACUGGCUCCAGGUCGCCACGGGAUUAACCAUUGAGAGCCACGACCUCAUGGCGCGUCGUUUCCGCCGCGGCGGUGACUACACCCUCGCCACGGGAUACCAGGGUGAACCUCGACUCGAGAUUGGUCUGGGCAUGACUCCCACUCCCGGCUGGGGAGACGAGGUCGAACAGAAAGACAAGGACAAGGACAGCCAGGUAAAUGGUAAAGGAAAGGGCAAGGCCAAAGCAUCUGGAGAGAAGUCCAAAAAGGAUGAAGACGAUGUCGGCGGUGUAGAGGUCUACAUGGCUGGGGAUGACGAUGAAGAUGAGGAUGAAGAUGCCGCCGUUUACAAGUCGUCAAAUGACGACGACAACAUCCUCUUUUUCCAGGCUGCGGCGUGGAAUAAGAUGACCGUUGUGCUGAGGGAUAGCGGCGCGCUCAAGUUUGUCAAGUAUGUGAGCAGGAGGGCCAAGGGAGAUAGGUGGGAUAUCUCAGGUACUUUUGAUAUACAAGAGCUUGAGGGUGAUGAUGAGGAGGAAGAUGGUGAGCAAGAAGAAGGCAAUGGCGAGGGUGGUUCUGGGCCUGCUGUAGAUAAGUCAGAUGAUGAAGAUGCGUUUACGGCAUUCGCGGAGCCGGAGGAAAGCGAUUCUGACUGA